GGUUCAAUGUGCUCAACAAUAUUCUUCCGAUGAUGGUUAUAUUAUAUCAUCAUCAACAACUUUACCAUAUUGUUGUAAUAAUCGAAUAACAAAAAAUCAUAACAAUAUUUCAAUGCGUAAAAUGAAUUCUAAUCCCAUUAGUAGUUGUUGUACAUCAUUUGAACAAACCACCGCCUCGUUACCAAUAGCAACAACAAUACUACCAUAUUGUAAUCAGAGCAAUUUAACCAAUUAUAAUAAUGUUAAUAGUUGUAGUCUUGGUGGUAAUUGCAGCAGAAAUUCAUCGUUUCAUCAGUUGAAACCAUCUCAACACCAACAAUUCAAUAAAGAUGAUACAUUGACAUCACCAACACAUAAAUAUAACACUAGUAGUAAUGUCGAUAACAAGAUUGUCAAUUCUAUGAUGUUACAAUGUCCAGAAUCCUAUGAUUAUUAUCAUGCUUCAUUGUAUUCAUCUAACAGAGAUUGUUGUUCAACUACAAAUAAUUUUAUCAAACCAACAUCAACAUCAUUGUCCUUGCCAAUACAACAGCCGCAACAACAACAACAGCAACACUCACCAUUUUUGGCUUCAUAUUCACCAUGUCAAGAAAGACAUUAUUGUUGUAGAGAUUUUGAUUUGUCUAGGACACAGCUUCCAUUAAAAACAUGUAAUCCAUUGCAGUUGUCGCCGUGUAUACCAACAGCACAAUCAAUGCAUAGUUAUCAAUGUCAACCAAAACAUCAGUCACAUCAACCAAUUCAAACUGUAUUAAUUAAUCCUGAUGAUGAAGCAUUAUUUGCAUGGUUAAGAUCAGUUGGUCUUAAUCGGUAAGU